AUGGGUAGGCACGAUAGUUCAUCCGAGGAAGAUGAGAGAGCGAGAAGGAGAAGAAGAGAUAGAAGCCCAGAUGUUAGGCGCUCGAGGAUGGAGACGGAAGAGGUUGGUCGUCGUGUUAGGGUUUCUGAUGACGAUGACGACCAUAAGAGCUCGCGAAGAGAUCUCGAGAUUGGUCGCGUUGCAGAUGUGAAAGGAAGAGAGAGAAGCCGUGGAGAUAAGGCGAGAGCAGAUAGCUCUUCUGAUGAGGAAUCAGCUUGGCUGUCUAGAAAGAAUCGUAGAGAAGUAGACUCUGAUUCUGAUGAUGGUCGUGAGAGGAGGGUGAGUAAAGGAAGAAGUAAGGGUAGAGUUAGAGCUGACACUUCUUCUGAUGAAGAAGAAGAUGGGAAGCAUCUUUCUAAGGUUGCUGAAGAUAGAGGUUUGGAAGACGAAGAUGGUGAUUUGAAGGGAAAUAAGAAGGAAACCAGACAGGUUGAGGAUGAUUAUGAAAGGAGAGGAAGCAGGAGAAGUCCCAAAGGCAGGGAGAAGCACGAUAGAGAGAGAGGUCAUAGGGGUAGUAGGGUCACUGCUGAUAAGCCUUCUGAUGAUGAAGAAGAUGAUAGGCAAAAGAGCAGGAGAGGUGGGCGAGAAAGCGAGAGGAGGCGUAGAGAUCAUCUAGCAUCUGAUGACGAUGAGGAAGGUGAGAUUAGGAGCGGGAGAAGAGGGAAAGAGAGGACUGAUAGAGGUAAUGAAAGUCGCUUAAAGAGGGAUCGGAGAGAGAGAGACUGGUCUGAUGGGCAUCGCAGGGAUAGGUAUCGGAGGGACGAUGGAGGUAGAGAUGAGAAGGAGAGGCGACACAAUGAUAGAUAUGAUGACAGUCAAAGAGACAAGCUGAGAAAGGAAGAGAAGAUUGAAGUUGCAAAGCCCAAGUUGCCAGAACUCAAUCCGUCUGAUAGCAAUGCUGUGGCUUUGGGAAAAACUGGCGGGGUCUAUAUUCCUCCGUUCAAGCUGGCACGCAUGAUGAAGGAGGUGGAAGACAAGAGCAGUGUAGAGUAUCAACGUCUUACUUGGGACGCUCUCCGUAAAAGUAUUAACGGGCUGGUCAAUAAGGUUAAUGCAAGCAACAUCAAGAACAUAAUCCCUGAACUGUUUGCUGAAAACCUCAUCAGAGGGAGGGGACUUUUCUGCCGUUCGUGUAUGAAGUCCCAAAUGGCGUCUCCUGGAUUCACGGAUGUCUUUGCAGCUUUGGUCGCUGUAAUUAACGCCAAAUUUCCUGAAGUUGCUGAACUUCUACUGAAGAGGGUCGUGUUGCAGCUAAAGAGAGCGUACAAGCGUAAUGACAAGCCUCAGUUGCUCGCUGCCGUGAAAUUCAUAGCACAUCUAGUAAACCAGCAAGUCGCCGAGGAGCUCAUUGCACUUGAAUUAGUCAGUGUUCUUCUGGAAAUCCCAACUGAUGACAGUGUCGAGGUGGCUGUUGGAUUUGUGACAGAGUGUGGUGCGAUGCUUCAGGACGUUACCCCAAAAGGAUUGCACGGGAUCUUUGAGCGGUUUCGUGGUAUUCUCCACGAGGGAGAUAUCGAUAAGAGAGUUCAGUAUUUGAUUGAAGGGCUCUUUGCUAUUAGGAAAGUGAAGUUUCAGGGACACCCGGCAGUUCGUCCGGAGCUAGAUCUUGUGGAAGAAAAAUAUUCGCAUGAUCUAUCUAUUGAUGACGAAGUAAAUCCUGAAACCUCUCUGGAUGUUUUCAAACCUGAUCCUGACUUCGUUGAGAACGAAAAGAAAUACGAGGCGCUGAAGAAGGAGUUACUUGGUGAGGAUGAGUCUGAGGAUGAAGAUGGCUCUGAUGCUAGUUCAGAUGAUAAUGAUGAGGAGGAAGAUGAGUCUGAUGAAGAAGAUGAAGAACAAAUGAGGAUAAGAGAUGAGACAGAGACCAAUCUUGUUAACCUUAGGAGGACAAUAUACUUGACCAUAAUGUCCAGCGUUGAUUUUGAGGAAGCAGGUCACAAGUUACUUAAAAUUAAACUUGAACCAGGUCAAGAGAUGGAACUAUGCAUAAUGCUCCUUGAGUGUUGCUCUCAGGAGAGAACAUAUCUGCGCUACUACGGUUUGCUGGGUCAGCGUUUCUGUAUGAUCAACAAAAUUCAUCAAGAGAAUUUUGAGAAAUGUUUUGUUCAGCAGUACUCCAUGAUCCACCGACUUGAGACGAACAAGCUGCGUAAUGUGGCCAAGUUUUUCGCCCAUUUACUGGGCACAGAUGCACUCCCCUGGCAUGUGCUUGCCUACAUUCGGCUUACUGAGGAGGACACAACUUCUUCGUCCCGUAUCUUCAUUAAGAUCCUUUUCCAGGAAUUGUCAGAACACUUGGGGAUUAGGCUGCUUAAUGAGAGGCUUCAGGAUCCAACAAUGCAGGAAUCACUCGAGUCCAUCUUCCCUAAAGAUAACCCAAAGAACACGAGGUUUGCAAUCAACUUCUUUACCUCAAUUGGUCUUGGAGGCAUCACAGAGAAUCUCAGAGAGUACCUGAAGAACAUGCCACGCCUCAUCAUGCAACAGCAAAAGCAAGUUGCGGAAUCAGAAUCAGGAUCAUCAUCUGGCUCCGACAGUUCUAGUUCCGAGUCUGAAUCUGAGUCGUCUUCUUCUAGUUCGGAUGAAAGCGACAGAGAGAAGAAGAGGAAGCGAAGAAGAUCUUAAAGAGGCUGUUUUGUUUGUCAUUUGUACCAAAAUUCUUCAGAUUUUUCAAAUCUUGUUUUGGCUACUCAACUUGAAUUUAGAUGAUAACUCAAAUUGAGCAGCCAUUUGGGUCUGUUCUUGCAUACGCUGGUGAUGAACAAGAGGCUAGACUAGCCAGACAAAUAAGGUUGUAAACUGAAAUGUUUUUGUAUUGUUUUUUUUGUUAUUACUGUUUUUAAUUUUA